ACAGCAAGCCAAAAACAAAUGUUCGUCUGGUCUCGUUGAGGAAGAUGUUGAUGUCUGGACUUCCAGUGGAGAACGAUAACUUCAUCGUUGAUAAAGUUUACAGGAUGGCAGUGGAAGGCUGUGGCAAGAUUAUUAAGUAUGCUAUGAUCAUAGCGAAUUUCAUUAUUCUGGUUUGUGGUGUUGCCGUGUUUUCUGUGGGAGUAUGGAUUCUCGCGGACAAGUCCUACAUGGAACGGCUCAUUGGGUCCAGCAUGUACGUCAGCUCCGCCGCCAUUCUCAUUGCCAGUGGGGUUAUUGUGGUCGUCAUCUCUUUCCUGGGCUGUAUGGGGGCUUACAAGGAAGUGAAGUGCAUGUUAAUUACGUUCUUCGUCAUCCUCUUCAUCAUCUUUAUCAUCAUGUUAGUCGGAGGAAUCCUUGGCUACGUCUUCAGAGAUGAGGUCGAUGAGAAGAUGAAAAAAGAAAUGUUGAAAAGUAUACCUCUCUAUGGAAAUGAAUCUGCUGUCACUGAAGCCUGGGAUCGAGUUCAGCAAAACGAUUGUUACGAUAAAACUGACAUGUUUGUCAAAGACCAUGCCUUGAUCAUUGGGGGCGUAGGUGUCGGUAUCGCGUGUGUUUUGGUUUGUCUCAACCAUUACAUGGGUACGAUGGUAAGUUCUAAAGCAGGAGUCAUUCAGGUUUGUCUCAACCAUUACAUGGGUACGAUGAAUUUUAUUACGCAGUGA